CCUCUUCCCCCUCAGAACAAGCGAAGAGAGGCAUGCCUAGCUAUCUCCUCCAUAAGAUUUCUUCAACUUUAUCCAUGAGUGCAGGAUCAUCAGUGAAUAUUCCCAGAGAGCCUACUAAUAAAAGUCUCCCUCUCUUCUGAAAACUUGGUAAGAAAAAUUUUGCAAGAUGAUUGCUUCAUUUUUUUUUCUCGUUAAUCAAACUUCCCUUUAAGUUUCUGAACCCAAACAUCCAAGCUAGCAGCUGUUUCUCACACAGUGUACGUCUGUUUGUGUCUGAAUCCCACCAGUCCCCUGCUCUUGGGACGGACCGCAGGAAAACUACUGUCUUGGCGCUUGAGGGCGCCCCCCACCCUCCUCAUCCGUUUGGGUGGGUAGGGCAGUGGCUGCCGAGAGAGAUGCCAAAGUUUUCCCAGAGCCUAGACUGGGAGUUAUGGAUAUGUCCCUGAAAACCUAGAGAAUAAAUAGGUGCUCCCGUCCAGGACUUGAAGGCAGCGUGGGGAAAUGAGAGACCACUUCCAGGUGCCCCCUCCUCCCCCCCACCCCCUCCGCUGCCUCGCUUCAGUCAUCAGAGCAGAGCAAACAUCCAAAAGUAGCAGCCACAAACGGGAGCAGCAAGGGGCCCUGCAGUCUGCCGCUGCAGUCUUUUCCCACCUGAUACUGCCUUUUCCUUUCCUUUCCUCUUCGUUCCCUCCACUUCUUUUUCUCCACCUCUCUCUCGCUCUCUCUCUCGCUAGCUCUCUUUCCUCCCUCCCUCCCUCCCUCCUCCUGCCCCCCCCCCCCUCCGGUUUCAGUCAUCCCUUUGUCCUCCCCCGGAUUGGCAGGUUUUAUUAUUCCGCCUGAACAAUCCGGCCUCGCAGUGGCUGAGGGUCGCUGACGUCGGCAGCUGAGCUGGAGAGUAGUUGGGAUUUUGCUCUGUCAGUAACACAUGUGUAAGAGCCGCGGAGGGAGAGCGCGAGCGGGCGAGAGGCCAGCGCCGCCUUCAAGCCGGGCAGCGGUAGAAGCAGCAGCAGCAGCAGCAGCAGCAGGGACAGCGGCGGCGGCAGCAGCAGCAGCAGCAGCAGCAGCAGCCCUGCUUCCACCCGCCUGCCUGGUUUGCCCCCAGCCCUGCUCGCUCUACUCUGCCUAGUGCUUGCAUUCCUGCGUUAGGCUGCUCUCAGUGGCCUCUGAGGGACUCCGCCUGCCUUGCCCAGCAGCCCGCCCGCCCGGGCUGUUGUUGUUUCCGCUGCCGCCGCCGCCGCCGCCACCACCGCCGCUCUCUGGAUUUUAGCAAUCGCCGCCGCCUCCGCCUCCGCCAGACCAGAGCGAGAGAGGGAGGGAAGGAAGGAGGAGAAGGAGGAGGAGGAGGGGGGACCCGGGGAGGGCGGGGGGGGGGGCGAAUAUACAAAGUGAAGCCACAUUGCCAAACUUGCAGCAGCGACUGCAGCAGUCGCCGCCGCCGCGCCUGAAGCCGAGCAGCUCGCGGGGGCCCGAGAGCUAGCCAACCAGCCAGCCUUGCAGCUGCUCGAGAGACGCUGGAGGAGGAGGAGGAGGAGGAAGAGAAAGAGGACUGAGACUGAACCCUUUGCUCCUGGGCCAGGCGGCCACUUCACUGGGGGUGGGGGGCACCCGACCCACCAAUAGAGCCGCGCAUUAAAAAAAAGAAAGAAAAAAGAUUACCUUGUCCCACCCCCUCCUCCUCCCCCCUCCACUCCACUUCUGCAAGAAGAAUUCGCUCCCUCCCUCCCUCCUUCCAUCCAUCCAUCCAUCCAUCCAGCUCCAUCGGUCCACCAACCCCGGGGAAGCCAAGCGACCGGCUUCGCUGAUAUCUCGCCGCCGCCGCCGCUGUCUUUUUGCAAUAUAGGGGAAAAGCAGACCAUGGUGAAUCCGGGCAGCAGCUCGCAGCCUCCCCCGGUGACUGCGGGCGCCCUCUCCUGGAAAAGGUGUGCCGGCUGCGGGGGCAAGAUCGCGGACCGCUUCCUGCUCUAUGCCAUGGACAGCUAUUGGCAUAGCCGGUGCCUGAAGUGCUCCUGCUGCCAGGCUCAGCUUGGGGACAUUGGCACGUCCUGUUACACCAAGAGCGGUAUGAUCCUUUGCAGAAAUGACUACAUUAGGUUAUUUGGGAACAGUGGGGCAUGCAGCGCUUGUGGACAGUCCAUCCCUGCCAGUGAGCUUGUCAUGCGGGCGCAAGGCAACGUUUAUCAUCUGAAGUGUUUUACAUGCUCUACCUGCCGGAAUCGCCUGGUCCCGGGAGACCGGUUUCACUACAUCAAUGGCAGUUUAUUUUGUGAACAUGAUAGACCUACAGCUCUCAUCAAUGGUCAUUUGAAUUCACUUCAAAGCAAUCCACUACUGUCAGACCAGAAGGUCUGCUAAAAGGUCAGAGUAAUGCAGAAUGCGUGCCUUCAUCUCAAAUUUUGUUCAUCCCAGAUGGAUCCCAUGUGUCUCCAGUAGACAAGUCACCUUUGUAGCUAGCCCCAGUGCCAGCUUCAUGCCACUGCACCUUCUUUAUUCCUGAUUGCCCUUCCCACAUUUAUUGGUGUAUUAAAAUGACUGAAUACGAGCAUUAAGGACUCCAUGAACCUGGGCUAAUGGGAGACUGUAGAGAAUAUGAAAAAAGAUCCACCGGAGGACAUCUUUGGGGGGGAGGGGGCUGGGAGGGGGGGGGGAGGGAAAUGACUAAUGAAGCUAAUUAAAAGAAGCAUUCAAAUCUGCUUUCUACCCUCAUUAACAAUUAGCAGGGCACUGGCCGGAGUUUGUACCCUGUGUUUUUCCUUAACAACAUUCUCUUUGCUCUCUGUAUAUUUAAGUGUCGUAAGGAAAUGUGUUUCAAUCCAAACUGAACAUGAGAUAAAGGAAAGAGAUGUGGCUUUUGUGAUACUCAAUCACACAAACACUUUUAUUGUAUCUCUGUAAAAUACAAUGUAUGUAUGCAUGUAAGUGUUUUUGUCCUAAUGUUGCUACUUCCCAUGGCAAAAAAAAAAGGAAAAAUUGGAAAAAAAAAGUCAGGCUCAUAGCAGCUACUGUGUAGAAAUUCUGCCCCUCCUCCCCUUCUAAUUUGCUGAAUGAAGACAAAUCUUUUAUUUGUGAUAUUUUCAGAGACAUUUGCUCUAGUAUGGUGUAUUUAAAUAAUAAAAACUUAAAAGGAAAAUACCAAA